AUGUGCUCGCCAUAUAUAUAUGUAAACUUUAAGAAGUCAUAUAAAGGAGAAGAGUACAAAGAUCUAUUUUGGGCUGCUGUUGGUUGCACUGUCGAACCUGAAUUCAUAUCUGUGAUGGAGAGAUUGAAGGCUAUAAAUGUGGGUGCAUAUGAAUACUUAAUGUCCCAUAACCCGAGCUCAUGGAGUCGUGCUUACUUUUGUCAAGAUAGAGCAUGUGAGACUUUUGAGAAUGGUGUUAGUGAAAGCUUCAAUGCGAUGAUUGUUGAUGCUAGAAAGAGGCCAUUGCUAACAAUGUUGGAGAUGAUACGUUUAAGUGUCAUGGAGAGAGUUUCUUUUAUGUAUAACCUACAACAAACGUGGGAGCCUCCUAUUUGCCCUGCAAUCAUUAAGAAAUUAGAAACAUUUGGUGAACACUACAGGUCAUGGUCUGUCAUACCAAGUGGUGGAGGGAUAUUUGAGGCAAGGUCAACCUAUGAGUCAUACUGUGUAGAUUUGCAGUCUUGGUACUGCUCAUGUAGACUAUGGGAAUUAUCAGGGAUUCCUUGUGUUCAUGCAAUAGCUGCAAUGUUUUACAAUCAGCAAAAUCCAGAGGAUUUCAUCAGUCCUUGGUUUUCAAGUGAAAGAUUCAAGGAUAGUUAUGCUACUUUUUUACAACCUAUGAAUGGUAGCAACCUAUGA